UCCUCCAGCUAUUAUAUACGCUCUCCUUUUAAUUUUCUUCAUUCACAUAUACUUUUCUCCAUUAUACACAUUUUCAUGUAUGUAUAUAUAAAUCAUCACAUACACGCACCAUAACACUAACAUCCUCCUCCUCUUCAUCAUCAACAUAGUUGAGAAAGAUCGAAAAAAAGAGAGAGAAAGAGAGAUACAUCAAGAACAAGAAUCGCGAAUCAAGAAGAUGGGAAGGGCACCGUGUUGUGAUAAGGCUAACGUGAAGAAAGGGCCUUGGUCUCCUGAAGAAGAUGCAAAACUCAAAGAUUACAUAGAGAGUAGUGGCACAGGAGGCAACUGGAUCGCUUUGCCUCAGAAGAUUGGUCUAAGGAGAUGUGGGAAGAGUUGCAGACUAAGGUGGCUCAACUAUUUAAGACCAAACAUCAAACAUGGUGGCUUCUCUGAGGAAGAGGACAACAUCAUUUGUAACCUCUAUGUUACUAUUGGUAGCAGGUGGUCUAUAAUAGCUGCACAAUUGCCUGGAAGAACAGACAACGACAUCAAGAACUAUUGGAACACGAGGCUGAAGAAGAAGCUUCUUAACAAACAAAGAAAAGAGUUCCAAGAAGCUCGGAUGCAGCAAGAGAUGGUGAUGAUGAAACGACAACAACAAGGACAAGGACAAUUCCAAAUUAAUGGUAGUACGGAUCUUUAUCUGAACAACAUGUUUGGAUCAUCAGCAUGGCCAUUACUACCUCAGCUUCCUCCUCCUCAUAGUCAAGUACCUCUUGUGAUGAUGGAACCAACAAGCUGCAAUUACUACCAAACGACACCUUCUUGCACAUUAGAACAAAAGCCAUUGAUCACACUCAAGAACAUGGUCAAGAUUGAAGAAGAACCGGAGAGAACAAACCCUGAUCAUCAUCAUCACGAAGACUCUAUGACAAACUCUUUUGAUCUUUCCUUCUCUCAGCUUUUGUUAGAUCCUAAUUACUACCUGGAGUCAGGAGGAGGAGGAGAAGGAGAGUUUGCUCUCAUGAGUAGCAGCACGAACUCUCCAUUACCAAACACAAGUGGUGAUAACCAUCACCAUCAACAUCAACAAGACAUUCUUCAGUGGUUUGGGGGUAGUAGUUUUCAGACAGAAGCUAUCAAUGAUGUGUUCUUAAACAACAACAACAACAUAGCGAAUCUUGAAACCCACGAGAACCCAAAAUUAUAUGGAAACUCAUCAGUAGCCGGAGCCGGAGCAGCGUUAGCCGGAGGAACGACGAGUACAUCGGCUGAUCAAAGCACAAUAAGUUGGGAGGACAUAACCUCUCUUGUUAACUCCGAUGAUGCAAGUUACUUCAAUGGGCCAAAUCAUGUGUAAUUUUUUUCUGUAAGAUUUUAGUUUUACUUAUAUAUAUAAAGGGUUCUUGUAUAAGUUUGUGACUUUAGGGAGUGGUAAAAAAAGUCAUAUGGAUUCAGAUUAAUAUUCAUGCAGAUCAUAUUUGUUUAUUUUAGUUUCAACUUAGCUUUAUUCACGAAGAACAAUUAUAUAUGAUAUUUUGAGUGUUU